AUGAGCUCCAAGAGUACUCUGGUUGUUUUCGCCGUCACAUGGUUGCUGAUGGCACUCCUUGCUACGGCCGUGUCGUCAGCUGGCAACCAGGAAGCCGAGAACCAAGGGGUCUGCUUCUUAGUGAAAGGCACCUGUACACAAAAGCUGUGCGGUGGAGCGUGUGCUGUCAAGGGCUCCAAUGGUGUUGGGUCAUGCAAGGGGUCCUACUGCUGCUGCCAACCGAAAUCCCCCUCACACAUCGGUGUCCACUAG